CUAAGGUGUACGGGCAGGAUGGGCUCGCCCCUUAGGAGCAAGUCCUCCGCCCCGCGAGUGGAAAGCACCCGCCACAAGGAGACAUCGACUGUCCGCGUAGAGACUUCGUCCCACCGCGAGGAAACGUCAUCCCUCCGCGUGGAGACGUCCUCCCGGCAGGUUCGAACGUCUUCGCGGCAGGUAGAGACCUCCCAGCGCCACCGAGAGGGGCCCUCCCUCACCCCCUCCACGAAGCGACUUCCUCAAUUCCUCGAGGUGUCCUCCCAACACGUGGAAACCUCCUCGCAGUGCACGGAAACGUCCUCCCGCCACGUCAGGGCGUCGUCGUCCCUGCGGGUGGAGACUACUGUGCACCGUGUAGAAAGCCCAGCCAAGCGAGACAAGCAAGCCUCUCGGCAGAGUGCCAGAAUGGCUCCAUGAAGUGCCGUGGUCCAUAGCCAGGACUGAAGAGUUGCCAGCCAGCCAGCUUCCAGGAGAGCCGAGCAUCUUUGGUUUCAUGGAAACAGCCUAUAAAUCCGUGUAAGAAGCAGGCUGUGGUUUCUGGGCGCUGUUAACGUGUAUUGACAUUGCAGCACCUUAGACCAUCCUGCUAUUGUUAACCCAGUGUACUAUUAACUUGAAGCCAGCACAGAACGGUUUCAGAUUUGUGGUACUGUAUGAUAAACCCAGCCGAUAGACAAAUAGAUUCUUUGAGUCUCUACACCAGUAGGAUUUGGAAGAUGGGCUGAGUGUGACUCUGGAAAAGCCAAGCAUCUGCUUCUGGAUCAUUGAUGCUUCAGGAAGGGCACAGGAAGGAUCCUGGUAGAUUCCAUGUUGUCCUUGUCUCAUAAAAGAGAUUUUUAUCUAGGUCUCUUCCUCUAUAUUUCACUUAUUUAUGUUUCAAAGCUGGAAUUCAGAGAGAGAGAGAGAGAGAGAGAGAGAGAGAGAGAGAGAGAGAAAUGUGAUGAAACACACAUUUGCCAUAAAUCUAUAUUCUACAUUCCACAGCUUCAGAAUGGCUGUAUUCGUCAAUGAAGGCAAUCGUUCAUGUACCUGUUGCACUUUGUAAACGUGUGUUACUGUUAGCCGUGACAUGUGUCUUCCUCAUUGUUCUCUGUAGGAAAUAGUGCUGCUGUGCCUGGCAUGUGUUAUGUGAUGUUAAAGACAAUGUGUGCAACAGUAAUGAAUGAGGAGCAGUGUUCUCCAUCUGCAGUCGAGAAAGCCUUUAAUGGCACCGUCUAAUAGUUGGAUCCAUUAUGCUUGAUAAUAGUUGUGUCUUGCCUUCAGCUGUACCAGCCAGGUUAGUUUGAAAAAUUAAAUAAAUGCAAAUUCUUGUAAAGAA